CGGAAAACCUGGUGCCGGCUGAGAGAUGAGAAAUGCUUUCCAUUAGUUAGCACCUCUUACACAUCAUAUAGAUACCACAACAAGGUUACCUCUGGAAGAGUCACGAUAGAGGAUCACACCGGCAAUGGGACUGUAACCAUCACCAUGGAGAAGCUGCAGGUGCAGGACUCCGGCGUGUACUGGUGCGCGCGCGAUUACCCGCCCAAUACAAUGUAUCCACUGAGGACAAUUAAACUGGAUGUUUCCAAGGAAGUCCAAGAAUACGAUGCUAUUGAGGGGCAGAGUCUCUCUGUCCAGUGUCCAUACAACACACAGGAUUACAAAGAGGUGAAGAAAGCCUGGUGCAGAAGGAAAGGUCAGAAUAGAUGUGCUGUCUUGGUCAAUACUGAUCACGGAUACUACGGAUAUCAAAACAGGGCUCAGAAAGGCAGAGCCAGGAUACAUGACGACACCCAGAAAGGGAUUGUUACUGUCACCAUGGAGAAUCUGCAGGUAGACGAUGCAGGGGUGUACUGGUGUGCACACUACAAGCCUCCCAGUUUUUACCUAAUCUUUGAAGUUAAACUGGCUGUUACCAAGGCUACAACUACAAGUGUCGUCCCAGUUACCUCAAGCAGAAGUCACACCAGCCUAGUCCUUAGCACAGCUAGUGCUGGGGUCACCCCAGCAGACAGCAGGGUCUCUGGUUUGUAUUGUGGUGGUACCAUGGACCAGUAUAUCAUUGCACUAGGCGCUGUACAAAACAGAACACAAAAGACAUUCCCUGCCUUAAAGAGCUCAGUUGGGCUUCAGAGACUAGCUUGUUUUCACAGGGACACAGAGAGAAGUUCAGGACCUUACUCCAUAUUUUUGUUGCAAAACAUGAUGAAGAAUUUCCGCGCUAAGGCAAGACCUCAGCCACUUCCUCAUGCAGCUGCAGUGUCGAUAGGGGAGAGCUCAGAGAGACGACACUUCCUAAAAUCCAUUUCACGUUCCAUGGGAUAUUCCAGCAAUGCCCCUUCUGUGGGCUUGAAGACAGGCAUGGAGUUGAGAUUCCUGCUGCUGUUGCUCUGCAUCUCAGGAUUCGAGGCACAAGAGUUUGACGCAGUGGUGAGCAGAGUGGAGGGGCAGAGGCUCAUUGUUGAGUGUCGCUACAAUUACUGGGAUUACAGUGCAACACGGAAAACCUGGUGCCGGCUGAGAGAUGAGAAAUGCUUUCCAUUAGUUAGCACCUCUUACACAUCAUAUAGAUACCAUAACAAGGUUACCUUUGGAAGAGCCACGAUAGAAGAUCACACCGGCAAUGCGAUUGUAACCAUCACCAUGGAGAAGCUGCAGGUGCAGGACUCCGGCGUGUACUGGUGCGCGCGCUAUUACCCGCCCAAUACAUUGUAUCCACUGAGGACAAUUAAACUGGAUGUUUCCAAGGAAGUCCAAGAAUACGAUGCUAUUGAGGGGCAGAGUCUCUCUGUCCAGUGUCCAUACAACACACAGGAUUACAAAGAGGUGAAGAAAGCCUGGUGCAGAAGGAAAGGUCAGAAUAGAUGUGCUGUCUUGGUCAAUACUGAUCACGGAUACUACGGAUAUCAAAACAGGGCUCAGAAAGGCAGAGCCAGGAUACAUGACGACACCCAGAGAGGGAUUGUUACUGUCACCAUGGAGAAUCUGCAGGUAGACGAUGCAGGGGUGUACUGGUGUGCACACUACAAGCCUCUUAGUUUUCACCUAAUCUUUGAAGUUAAACUGGCUGUUACCAAGGCUACAACUACAAGUGUCGUCCCAGUUACCUCAAGCAGAAGUCACACCAGCCUAAUCCUUAGCACAGCUAGUGCUGGGGUCACCCCAGCAGACAGCAGCCUCUCGAAUGAGAGAAACUUCAUCAUCCUCGGCGUGGUCCUGGGAGUCCUCUUCAUCCUGGCGCUUAUAGGCUUGGUGAUAUUGUGUACCCAGAAAUCCAAGCAGCUGAAGACAAGAGGUGAUGGACAAGCUGAAGCCAUCUAUGAAGAACCCAGGAACGACACAGUGUCUCAGGGCUUCGGCAACAUGUACGAUCCCAGGGACAACAAACAGGAGAUGCCACAAGACCUAAAAUAUGCCACCUUGACCUUUAAAUCCAGACCUAGUCCCAGGGAAUCUGUCUACGCCAAUAUCACGCCAAGUCGAGCUCUGGAGACACCCCACACCAGGGCUCCCACUGAGCCUGUGGAAUAUGCCAGCAUUUCACUCAAACCAUUAGUAUCAGGUGCCAAAUCGUGGUCUUGAGAACCCUGAAUAGCCCAGCAGUGAAACAGAAGAGACUGAGCUGGGAGGGAAGCAUAUGUGCAUGCUAGAGAAGAAGUCUUUGCUAUGUUCAUAUUUAACAUGUAUAUUUAAAGACCUGCCUCAGGUCAGAGGCUUGCAGAAAAAUUUAUCACUGGCAAUUGGGUAAAAUGCAGCUGCUUUUGGAGAAACAGCACAGGAAGAUCAAGAGAACAAAGGAGACUCCUCAGGACUCAGGCUGGAGGAAUAUGGACAGGCACUGUCAUCUCAAACCCACGCAAACGUUGUAUGUGUAGGAUUCUAACUCAGAUGUUACAGGGUUCUGCUUCCCCUUGGGAGAGUGACAGAGAAUGAGCGGGGGGUGGGGGGGAAGGGGAAUAAAUAUACUGAUGAUGUGUGAACUGCAUCUUGUUUUGCUGAAUGUAACUCAAUACAUAGCUUGAGAGUAUUUGCAAGGGAGCAACAUGUAAGUAUUAAUCACCAUCAUCAUGGUCUCUAACCUAGAAUGACUAUACUGUACGAACCAAGGCCACAGAACAGCCUCUCAGCUGCAAAAAUGAUAUAUAGCAUGCAUACACACACAGAGUGACCAGAUGUCCUGAUUUUAUAGGUACAGUCCCGAUAUUCAAGGCUUUGUCUUAUAUAGGCACCUAUUAUCCCCCACCUCCUGUCCCGAUUUUUCACACUUGCUGUCUAAUCACUCUAUAGACAUGUUAGUGCAGAAUAGGUCGUGCAAAUGCCUAAGCAGCCCAAGUGCAGUAACCUGCGUGUGUGUGAGGGAGACAGGGACAACAGGAUUUUGGAAUAAAUUAAAUGUUGGUUAUCUUUGUGAGGCAUCAGAACAGGAUCGUCUAUUUAGAAUGAAAAAAUAGAGUGUACGGGCAUGUGGGUGGGGCCUCAGAACUGCAUGUGUGUUGGGUGCAUGUGUCUCUUCCUUUAUGGGAACAGGUUAAACAGGGCUGCCAUGGCUAAUGAUAGUGAUGAGUCUCGAAAGCUGGAUCCUGUGGUGAUCCCAGCUCUAGUGCUGAACCUGUGCUCAGUGUUUGCCCAAAGGCUCAGGACAUACGUGCAGUCUUUAUGGCCAGCUCACUGAAAACAGGUAGUCACCUGCCACAUUCAACACAUUUAUAGAUGCCUCUUCCACACUGUGUGUUGGCACAGGCCUCUGACUCACCAUCCCACCCCUGAAUGCCCUGAAGGAGUGGCCAGGCAUUCUCCAGCUGGGAAAGCUCUUGGGUUACUCAGCACCUCUGGCUGCACUGCUGACCUUCCCGGGCUGGCUACUCAAACCAAGGCAACAGAGAAAAGAGACAGCAUGUGGGAACCAGGAAAAGAAUGUUUGAGUGAGGAAAAGAGAUGGGACCGCACACAUUCACCCAGAAGAAGGAAGGGCAAGGGAGAAUAGGGGAGUUUUCCGAACAGAAGGGUCCCCCCCAUAGCUCUAGCUGAGAGAACAGGCAGCUGAGCAGGUAAGAGGAAGUGCUAGAUGAAGCAGCUAAAUUGCAAGGAAUACGACAGAGAAAAUAGAGGAAGAAGGAUGAGCACAGAGGGCAGAUUUCAACACAGGCCCAAAAUGAGAGAGGAAGUGGCAACAAUCACUAAGGCUAAAUAGUUAAGGACUCAAGUGCGCUGGGUGACUCAGAGGGUCAUGCUGAGACUGCAAGAAUUUUAAUUUAUAGAUCAGUGGUGCAAAUCUGAAUCAGAUGGGUAAUGUCCAAGAGCAGAGAGCUGGGCAGUGAGUGAUGUGAAAUGAGUUUGCUGGGUCUUAGCCCACUUUGCAAUGGACAGAAGUGUCCAUUUCCCAAAAGGUUCUGGCACCGUAUCUGGCUGUCCAAGACAGGUGACAGAUUGAAUGGGCCUCAACUACCCCUCACUCCAAAAGUAGGUUCCUGCUCUCUUGGGGUUGCCAAGGGGAAGCCUACACUACCAAUCUUCUGAGGAUACAUAACUCACUCUACAUGCAUCCGACGAAGUGGGUAUUCGCCCAUGAAAGCUCAUGCUUCAAAACUUCUGUUAGUCUAUAAGGUGCCACAGGACUCCUUGCUGCUAUAACUGACUUUGGUUUUCUGGCUAACAAUCAGGCACUUUUCGCCAGCAAUAAAGUAAAUGAAAAAGAAAGCAGAGCCUGAUUCUCCACCACUAUGCCCCUUGUUCAGCCAUUUUCACUAGUACAAUGCAGGUGGAAAAUGCUACUCAAUCAAAUAGCAACCCAAGAUGUGAUCCCUUUUCAUGCAUAAGGAAGAGUCAGAAAUAUAACUGAGACAGGAAGCUCUACAGGGCCUAGGGAUGGGCAGGAUCUUCAAUUAUCAGGAAUGAAGGGAGUAAACUGACAGCAGGAAUUCAGAACAAGUCAAACAUUUUUUAUGAUGGAAAACAGCCUUUAUUGGUCAACAACAAGCCUGUUUGUGAAAAAGCAUCCAGUUUUGUUGAAGAUGUUCAUGUUUUCAUGGAAAAACUGGGGGAGUGGCAGGGGGGAACAACAAUUUUGGUUGUUGUUUUAGCAGAGAAAUUUUAUAUAGUGUGACAGACCCAGGCCAGUAGGGUACAGAAGUCUGGUAGAGGGCAAAUGUACUGGUCACUGGAUUAGUAGUUUUCUGUUCCCUGAGUGACCAGAGCAGGGGCUGCAUGAGAGUAAUCAGGAACCUGCUAGAACCAAUACAGGCAGACAAGCUGAUUAGAACACCUGCAACCAAUCAAAGCAGACUAAUCAGGGCACCUGGGUUUAAAAAGGAGCUCCCUCCAGUCAGGCGAGGAGGAGCUAGAGGAGAGGAAGUGGGUGUGAGGAGCUGGGAGCAAGAGACACAAGGAGCUGAGAGUGAGAGGCUGUGCUGCUGGAGGACUAAGGAGUACAAGUGUUAUCAGGCACCAGGAGGAAGGUCCUGUGGUGAGGAUAAAGAAGGUGUUUGGAGAAGGCCAUGGGGAAGUAGCCCAGGGAGUUGUAGCUGUCAUGCAGCUGUUACAAGAGGCACUAUAGAUAGCUGCAAUCCACAGGGCCCUGGGCUGGAACCCAGAGUAGAGGGCGGGCCCGGGUUCCCCCCAAACCUCCCAACUCCUGAUCAGACACAAGAGGAGCUGAUCCAGACUGUGGGGAAGAUCACUGAGGUGAGCAAAUCUGCCAAUAAGCGCAGGACCCACCAAGAUAGAGGAGGAACUUUGUCACAAUAGAUAUAUAUAAAUUUCCUGACCCACUACAGUUGUAAAUCACAUUGUGCCCAGGAAGAACAAGUUUCAGGGAAUUACAAAAGAAAGUACAAAAAUAUUUGCUAAAAAAACUAAACUAGACAAUAAUGGAAGACUUUGAACUAGAACUGACUAUGGGGGGUACUUGCAGGGAAGUAGAUGUUUCUGACCAACAUGAAGCUAAACUCCUACCUGUUGUACUGAAAAUGGAGCUCUACAUAGAAGGAAUGAAUCCUAUAACGUACUUGUGGUCAUGGUAGAGGACUGUUUCUUUAUAUCCUAUCUAGAAGAGAGAGGGAGAAAGAGAAAGGCUUGUGCAUAGAGGAUAUAUCUGCAGUCCUACCGCCUCUGGGUGUGAUGCUGUCACCCAGAGGUGACACCCCAUAAUGCUUUAUAGAAAUAUGCUUAUGAGGGUAAACAUGACAUAACUGGAAUAUGUUUUAUGCUAGAUAUGCCAUGUAACAUAUCUUUGCAAAGGUUAUGAUCUACUGAAUAUAUUCAUUGUAUUGGUAUACAUGUAUCAUUUUUAUAUCUUAAGUUAUGAGCGUUGGCUCUAUGCUUGUAUUUAAAGUGUUUGCUGUAGGAAGCACAUAAGGCAGAUUUGUAAACAUAGUGUGAAGAGGUUAUUCAAGUAAUUGAGAGUACUUAACUAGCAAUGGACUUUGGGAGAUGCCAGUCCACAUCUGAGUUUUCCUGGGAAUGUUCAAACUAAUGUGAACAAUGGCAUUGACUUGCAAAAAGCUGAAUCAUUCAUAGACGUGUGACUUGCCCAGGUGACUACAGAUUCCAUCUUGUUGUGGUGACUUGGCAGAGGAGAACAGAGAGAUUUCCACCCACAAAAGAGAGAAUAUAAAAGGCCUUGGAAACCCCUCCAUUCUGUCUUCAGAUGGCUCAGAAGAUAGCCUCUCCACCCCAAAGAGAUGCCUGAAAGAAACUGGAACAAAGGACAGUAACUAUGGGGGUGUGAGUGAUUGCUGGACCCAGACUAGGAAGGAAUCUAGUCUGUAAAAGAAGCUUUUUGUAACAUCUCUGAGGGUGAGAUUUACCUGUGUUUAUUUUCUUACUGUAUUAGGCCUAGACUUAUGUGUUUUUGUUUUAUUUUGCUUGGUAAAUCACUUCAUUCUGUCUGUUAUUACUUGGAACCACUUAAAUCCUACUUUUUAUAUUUAAUAAAAUCACUUCUUGCUUAUUAAUUAA